AUGGCCUUUUUUGACGCCCUCAGGGAAAAGGCCGUCACCACAUUGAACCAGGUGUUGGACAAGAAUCGCAACUCUGGUUUGACAAAACACCAGCAAUUCUGCUAUAGUCACCACAUACCGGAAACUGAAACCAUUCUCAGUGAAUCCGCUGCGGAAAUAGGCAUCAAGUCUGAUUAUUCUACUGAUGCAUACAAUGACAACUUGCCAUUCCCCCAGGGACGAAUCUACUUGACCCAGCUGUUUCUUAUAUUUCGUGAUGCAUUUGAUCGCAAGAACUGCUCCUUUAGUGUGCAUUUGAGCACCAUCAAAAAAGUGGAGAGACCUCCGGGCUCUGACUAUGGGUUUGCACUCAUGGUGUCUACGUACAGCAAACUUCAUUUAACAUUGUAUUUGGUGGGGAUUAGGUCAGACAGUGAACGGUUUGCCCAGCAGUUGAAGAUUGCAUUAAAGAAGAAUUUGGUUCAUGUGGGAAAGUUGCAACCGUUUAUUCAGACCUGUUAUUCCGAAUACUUAUUGGCCAAGAACAAGGUAAGCACUGAGAAAGUGGAACAUGCUCCUCAAGGUGGAUUGGGAUUAGUGUUUAAGUUUCCGGGAGACCCGAAGGAAUCAAGAGACAAAACCAAGAUGAAGCUAUGGUUUGAUUUGUUUAGAGUGGAUGGAAGGAAUUUGUCACUCGUUAGAACGCCGUUGUUUUACAAGUUAGUUAGAGUUGGAUUGCCUAAUAGGUUGAGAGGAGAAAUUUGGGAAUUGUGCUGUGGCUCAAUGUACCUUAGAUUGGACUAUCAAGGAGAAUAUAAUAAGAUCUUGGAAGAUCACAAGGACCAGAAAUCAUUUGCCAUUGAAGAAAUUGAAAAGGAUUUAAAUAGGUCCUUGCCGGAAUAUGCGGCUUAUCAGUCUUCGCAAGGUAUCGAAAGAUUAAGACGAGUCUUGACAGCUUAUUCGUGGAAAAACCCCGAUGUUGGCUAUUGUCAAGCCAUGAACAUUGUCGUUGCAGCCAUGUUGAUAUACAUGUCUGAAGAACAAGCAUUCUGGUGUUUAAACGUAUUAUGUGAUCGUAUUGUACCAGGAUAUUAUUCAAAGACCAUGUAUGGAACUUUGCUUGAUCAGAAGGUGUUUGAAUCGUUGGUACAAAAGACCAUGCCUAUGCUUUGGGAACAUAUCACCAAGAAUGAUAUUCAAUUGUCAGUAGUUUCAUUGCCAUGGUUUUUGUCAUUGUACUUGUCAUCAAUGCCAUUAGUAUUUGCAUUUAGAAUACUAGACGUGUUUUUCUUACAGGGACCAAAAACUUUAUUUCAAGUUGCAUUGGCAGUUUUGAAAUUGAAUGGAGAAGCUCUUUUGAAUACUGAAGAUGAUGGAACAUUCAUAUCGAUUAUCAAGCAAUAUUUCUUGACAUUACAUGAAUCAGCCCAUCCAAACUCUCCUAAUCCUAAAUUCAGAAGUAUCACUCGAUUCCAAGAACUUUUAGUCACGGCCUUCCGAGAAUUUUCCGUCAUUGAUGAAGAAAUGAUUAAUAACACCCGAGCAAAGCAUCGAGACACAAUAUACCAAAACAUUUCCAGUUUCGUGAAACGGACUGAGCUUCGUAACUUGCCACGCACCACUAAUAUCUCCCAAGAAACCCUUAGUUUGCUUUAUGACAGAUUCUAUUCCGUAGUUGAGUCAUUAUCAGUGACUAAGGGAUCGGGUACAAGUGUCAUGGAUUAUAAGGUUUUCGUUGAGUUUAUGUCGGAGAUAUGUGAUUGGAUAACUGAUGUUAAUGUCGAUGAUGAGCGACACUUUUUAAGAAGAUUGUUUAACCAUUGGGACACUGAGAAACAAGGAGCACUUACAUUUACCGACUUAUUGGUUGGAUUAAACUCGCUAGUUGAUCCUGAUCUUAUGACUUCAAUGUCGAAUUUCUUUGAACUUUAUGAUACCAAGGGAGACGGUAAGAUUGAUCGUGAAGGAAUCUUGCAAAUUUCUGAAGAUUUAUUGUAUAUUACUAGCCCUUGGAAAGAUGGGGUAUUGUUUGACGGAAUCACAAAAGCCAAUAUAGAGAAUGUCAUUGCUGAUGAAGUAUACAAGAAACAAGUGGAAUCAGGCAAUACCAGUCCUGAUCAAUCUGAAAUACAACUUCCAUCCGAUUUCCAAGUCGAUAGAGAUAAACUAGAACAGCAGCAAGUGGAACGAUACUUGCAAGCGGCUGCUACUUUUAUCCAACGUGCAUUUGAAUACGCCCAACCUGAAGAAGAAGAGCUUCUCAUUAAGGAAUUGGCGAUUGAUAAUUCCAUUUCUCAUAAUGCUGCUCUUAACCCCAACACCCCUGUAUAUUUGAAUUUACCUACUUUCAGAAUGGUUGUCCUUGCUGACGAAACUUAUGAACUAUUGUUUGGUUCUACAUUGCGUGAAGCCACGCAUCUUGAACGGCCAUUGGAUACUAAGUUUGAUCCUAUUCGUAACUUGCGUGAUAUGUUUGAUGGAUUAUUGGCUGAUGGACGGAAAGUCGCUACUAAGGUGCGUUUACGUAUGGAUAGCCGAGCUGCGAAUGGAGGAGGAGGAGCUCCUCCAAAUUCUAGCAAUGCAUCCAUCAAAUCGGGUGCUAAGCGAGAAGAAGAGGAGGAAGAUCAGGAUGACGAUGAUUUGGGGGUCAUUUCCAUUGAUGAUAAUGAUAAGGAUCUUUUAUUGGCUACCGAAGCACAAGUGGUUGUUAAAGAACUGACAGAGAAGCCCAGGAUCUCACGAAUGGAAAGUGAAAAGAUCAUUGGCAAGUCGGAUCAGAAUUUAAUAGAGUUUGAAACGUAA